AUGAACGUCAUAAAAUUACAAAGAAAAUACCCUCAAUUCCAACAACAAGACAUAUUCGGCCUACAAGAUGCCUUUCGCAAGCUGGAUGUCGAUGACAAGGGAUACAUAGAUGAGGCUACGGUAAUAAAGGCAACACAGACGUCGGAGAGGCAGCCAUAUGAUGUGGUUAGGUCAGCGCUUAAAGAGGUGGAGCUGGACAGCUCGAGGAGGGUAGAGCUGGACGACUAUGUCGAUCUCAUAUCCAAAGUCCGCGGCCAGCAGGCAGCGCCAGCCCAGAACAAUAUACCAAGCGGCCGAGUUAGGGGUAUGAGCAGUGCCGCAGAAGGUAGCAGACCAGCGCCUAUAUCGGGACAUCAAUCUAAGAGCAGUGUUGGGGGAAGGAUACAGGUUCAGGGCUCUUCGGCCAAUGUCACACACACAAUAAAUGAGGAUGAGCGGACGGAGUUUACAAGACACAUCAACGCGGUGCUGGCUGGAGAUCCAGAUAUCGGACACCGCCUGCCAUUCCCUACCGAUACCUUUGAGAUGUUUGACGACUGCAAAGAUGGGCUGGUACUGGCGAAGCUCAUCAAUGAUAGCGUGCCGGAUACGAUUGAUGAGCGUGUAUUGAACAGACCUGGGAAAAAGAUCAAGACUCUGAACGCAUUCCACAUGACCGAAAACAAUAACAUUGUCAUCAACUCAGCAAAGGGCAUCGGGUGUUCGGUGGUCAAUAUAGGCAGCGGGGAUAUCAUCGAAGUACGGGAGCAUCUGAUAUUAGGUCUCAUCUGGCAGGUCAUUCGGCGAGGGUUGCUGGGAAAAAUUGACAUCAAGCUACAUCCCGAGCUAUACCGACUUCUGGAGGAGGACGAGACGCUGGAGCAGUUCUUGAGAUUACCUCCGGAGAAAAUUCUGCUGCGAUGGUUCAAUUAUCACCUGAAAAACGCCAAAUGGGACAAGAGAGUGACCAACUUCUCUACCGAUGUCAAAGAAGGCGAUAAUUACACGGUGCUCCUCAACCAACUAGCCCCCGACAUCUGCAGCCGCAGCCCUCUCCAAACCCGCGACCUCCUUCAGCGUGCCGAGCAAGUCCUUCAAAAUGCUGAUAGACUCGAUUGCCGCAAAUUCUUGUCCCCAAAAUCCCUUGUAGCUGGAAACCCCAAGCUCAACCUUGCCUUCGUCGCCAACCUAUUCAACACCCACCCAGGCCUCGACCCCAUCACCGAAGAGGAAAAGCUCGAAGUGGAAGACUUCGAUGCAGAAGGUGAACGCGAAGCCCGUGUCUUCACGCUAUGGCUUAACUCCCUUGAUGUCCAACCAGCCGUUAACUCCUUCUUCGAUAACCUUCGUGACGGCAGCAUACUCCUCCAAGCUUACGACAAAGUCGUCCCUGGAAGCGUUAAUUGGCGCCACGUGAACAAGCCUCCAGCAUCAGGCGGCGAGGUGAUGCGCUUCAAAGCAGUCGAAAACACCAAUUACGCUAUUGAGCUUGGCAAACAAAUGCACUUCUCCCUUGUUGGCGUGCAAGGCGCAGAUAUCACCGACGGUCAGCGCACACUGACCCUCGGUCUAGUAUGGCAACUUAUGCGCCGUGACAUCUCCGAAACUCUUUCUGCACUCGCUCAACGACUUGGCAAGCGUGAGAUUACGGACGCCGAGAUGGUUAAAUGGGCAAACGAGCAAUCAAAGAAAGGCGGCCGCAACAGCAGCAUACGCAGCUUCAAGGACCAGGCAAUUGGCAGUGGUGUAUUCUUGCUGGAUGUACUAAAUGGCAUGAAGAGUAGCUAUGUGGACUACGACCUCGUGACGAGCGGGAAGAAUGACGAGGAGGCUUAUGCGAAUGCUAAGUUGGCGAUAAGUAUUGCCAGGAAGAUGGGCGCGACCAUCUGGCUUGUGCCAGAGGAUAUUUGUCAGGUGCGGAGUAGGCUUGUCGUUACCUUUAUUGGCUCCCUUAUGGCUACUUACGAGAAGAUGUAG